AUGGAUCGCCUCCACGAGGUGCCUCUAGCAGCGGGUCUGUUCACGACCUUCGUUUCUUCCGCCGUUCCCACGUCGACCUUCUCGCCGUCAUAUGUUCCCCUUUCUUCCCAGCCAUCUCCCACGUUAGCUUCAGAUCCCGGAUAUGACGACGGUGGAGGUGGGGGAGGAAUGCAUGAAUGGUCUUCUCUCAUCGGCAUCGUGACUGCGCUAAUUGGCAACGUCCUGAUUUCCUUGGCCCUAAACAUUCAGCGCUACGCGCACAUCAGGAUCGAGCGAGAAUGGGAGCAUCAAAAACUGCAAAAGGAGGCCGAAUGGAAACGCGCAAAUCCGGGCCGGGGCCCAGCAGACCAUUAUGGUUCGGUUGCGGAGCUUGAAUACAGCGACUACGAAACACGGGGUAGAAACCAGCCCCGCAGCUUUGGUCGUUAUAGGGACGAGUCCCCAGAGGUGAGGUUUGCCCAUCACGAUCAGCCCCAUAUUGAUCUUGGACCCGAGGACGAUGACGACAUGGACACGGAUGCGCAUCAGAAUGAAAUGAACGAAUCGUUUAUGUCGGAUCGAACUGUGCGACCGGAGGAUCUGCGCCGGAAGUCAUACCUUCGCUCCCCGUACUGGUGGGUCGGAAUCGUGUUGAUCGUCGAUUGUUUCCCCAUUGGGCGUCGUAGCUUGAUAUCAAAUUGCGUCAUUGCCCCGAUUAUGCUGAAGGAGAAAUUCCGUGGGCGCGACUUCUGGGGCGUGGUCGUGGCGGUCACCGGAGCAGUGGUGGUCGUUCUCAGCGCCAGUUCCUCCGAGGAGAAGAUCGGACCGCAUGAUAUCUGGGUGAUGAUUACCCGCUGGGAGUUUGAAACGUAUGUAGGCAUCUCCGCCGUGUUGAUCAUUGGGCUCUUAUGGGCCAGUGGAAAGUACGGGUCCCGGACGGUCUUGAUUGACGUUGGGCUUGUGGCACUUUUUGGUGGAUAUACUGCUCUAUCAACAAAGGGCGUUUCGUCAUUAUUGUCUUUCACCCUAUGGCAUGCGAUAACAUUCCCCAUCACGUACCUUCUGGUUUUUGUCCUGGUUUCUAGUGCAAUAUUACAGAUUCGCUACAUCAACCGUGCUCUCCAGCGUUUUGAUUCCACCCAGGUGAUCCCAACCCAGUUUGUGCUUUUCACACUUUCUGUGAUCAUCGGAAGCGCCGUGUUGUAUCGGGAUUUCGAGAAUUACACCCUCGAUCGCGCUGGAAAGUUCGUGGGCGGCUGUCUCCUCACCUUUCUAGGCGUCUAUUUCAUCACCAGUGGCAGGGUCCGCAGUGACAACGAGUCUUCAUAUUCCGCCGAUGACGAAGAGGAAGCUAUUGGACUGCUGGCGGGAGAGAGGUAUCGUGACAGCGUCGACAUGUCACCUGCGCGCCAUAUAAGAGUGCAGAAACCUUCCCGGAGGCCUUUGGAAACCCAGAGAGAGCGCCUGCAGUCCCCCUCUAGGUCGCUCCUCAGUCACGGGGUUGAGGGUGUUGGCGAGGGCCAGCCCACGCCCCGGGGCGUUCCGUCUGCUGCUGCAUCUUCUCCUGUCGGUUCAUUGACUGCCGACUCUCUCACCGCACAGUCCCCGGAGCCUUCUCCCCCCAUGCACCCUAACUCUCUCUUAAACAAUCCUUGGGCUGAUGUUCAUGAGUCGGCCAUUGAAACCCCCAAGUCCGAACCCCAAAUCCCCCAAAUUGACCGUCCGGCCACUCCUGAACAGUCGAGGCCGACAACAUCUGGCUCGCCGGUUCUUCUUCGUUUCCCACCUGCGCCUGGCAUCGAAGACAGUAGCCUCAAAGUUCCAGCCCCUUCGGGAACGGAAACCGCACCGCCAGGGUCCCGAAACAACACUGUUCCACAGACGCCACCGGCACGCCGACUACGGAAUUCGAUAUCGUCACGCUUCUCGCCGGGCCCGCUGCUUCCGACUAUUUCUGCCGGGUUCAGUGCAGUGGUAGCAGAAUCCCUGCGCCGUGGUGAAACGAGUCCGGGUAAAGAUCGCAAGUUCGUGCGGAGGCAUCGGGGCAAGCAACUCAGUACCACCGUUGUAGAUGGCUUCCUUCGCAGCCGUGAUAGUGAAAGCGCCAAUGUCGAAGAGGGCCUGGACCCCCGUGCUGCGCUGCCGGCUGCGAGGUUUAAAUCUACCGGCGAUAUUGCCACUGCUCCUGUUACUGCCGGGCAAUCAACCACUACCUUAGAUACAGAGAAUGCUCCACAAAGCCUGCAGCCCGAUAGCUCUACGUCUGUAUCUCGGAUUCGAAGCCUAAGUGAUUCUUGGAGUGGAGGUCUAGCAUGGCUGGGUGGCACUUUGCGCAAAGUGCAUGGCCACGGCAACGAGCAUGAGCAGAUUGCCGAGUCACAGAAUAACGAGGAGGAAAUAGGCGCAAAUACGCAGGCGUAA